AUGGUGGAGAUACUCGGCCCUCUGCCGGCUCGCCCACCCACACCUCCCAGGCCAGGUUCACGGAUCGAUGAGAGCGAAACCGAAAUCGAAACCCCGAAUCAGACCCUCGCCGCAACACCGCAGACUGUCAAUUCAACCAGAGUAGCCCCUUCGAGUCGGGGAUCGAAACAAGUGGGCUGGUCGCCGUACCUCUGUACUACAAUCGAACUCCCGGAUCCGCUGAAGCCAGUGCCCAAGGAUAGCCCGUUCAUGCGGAAGGAUCCUAAACCGUGGGCCAGUCCAUUCAAGUCAAUUCUCAAGGAGUCGAACUCUCCAAUCCCAGUUUUUGCGCCACAGCAAGUUGAUAUAACAUCCAAUUCCGAAUCCCUGACAAUGCUCCUUGAAUCCGUCAUCCAACAGCUAGCUGGCGAAUCCAUCACCUCGAGACGCGAUGCCUACAUGCAGUUUUUCAACACGCUUCGCACUUACGACCGGUUGCCGUCAACAAAAGCCAUUGCGGAGAAAUUGAGCCUUAUCACUAGCUUCAUCCAACGGGAUGUCAGUCGAGACUCUGUGAACGGUCCAGUGGAUACAAAUGUUGCCAACCAGGCCUUGAAGUUGGCAAAUGCGUUUGUCUGGCAUUCAGAUGUCGCAUCGCAGCUAUCUGAAGACUUCAAGGUCUUUUUGGUAGAUCAUGGAACUACUUCAUUGUACGAAGUCAAAGCACCAAAAUCCGUCUUGACGCACUACAUGUCCAUCCUGUCUUCCCAAAAUUUCGGUCCUCGAGUCAUGACGAACGCUCGAAUCAUUCGCCUUCUUACAGCCUUGCAAGAUAUUACCAAACACGUGUCUGGUAAAGGAAUUGCACUCCACCGUUUAAGCAUCUACCAGCGCCUUCUUUCCCAGUCCAGAUCAACAUUCGUGUCCCAGGCUACUUUGUGGGUAGAGCAUUUGGUCUCCGGGCUACUGAAUCCGAUCAAAGACACCCGAUUAAAAGCAAUUAAUUUAGGCUUCGAAAUCGCGAUAGUGAUGGGCCCUAACUACACACUCUCCAGAAGUCUCCGAGACCUCUUUGAUCAAUCACUGGAUAGAGACAGGAAGCUGAUCACAGAAGUUAAAGAAAGAAUGGGCCGCAUGAUGCCGACCGCUGAAAGUGGAGUUCAUGUUCCGCAGAUCUGGAGCGUAAUUAUUCUCCUUCUAAGGUCUAAGAACUGGAACUUGGAGCAGUGGGAACAUUUCAAGGAUUGGCUUCUCGUCCUCCAGAGAUGUUUUAACUGCAGCGAGCCCUCUAUCAAAGGACAGGCAAUUUUGGGCUGGAAUCGAUUCAUUUAUGCCAUGAAUCCCAAUGAAUUUACAGAUAAGACCCUGCUCAAGAUGCUAAGCAAGCCAAUCCUCUCGCAGUUUGAACGACGAAAGUCCGACAAACCAGGCUCAGCACCCGCUCAACUAGCCCGGGAAAGCUAUUACAAUUUGCUGUACUAUACUUUCCGUCCUUCUCCAUCCCAAAAUCACCUGGACUUCAUCUGGGAAGAGUUCAUCGCCAACCCUACUACAUCUACAUUCUCAUCCGUCUCCACAUUCAGCGACAUGCAAGCUCGCGUUUUGACUCAUAUUCUAUGGAGUCCCCAACUCAAAAUUUGGUCGGAAUCUCGCAUCAACGACGUGAGCAAGAUCAGGCCUGAGGAGCUUCCUUCCAUUGAUUCAAAAUGGGUGCGCUCAAGAGUAUCGACAAUCUUGAAAGUCUUUGAAUCUUUGCUAAAGGCGUCAGUCUGGGAUGACAAUGAUCUUGCAAAGUCAAACAUUGCCCUGGCGUGGAGCAGCCUUGCUAGUGCACUAUCUUUGGCUUCGAGCAAAGAGAUCACACCAUCCUCGGAGUCCAUGCAAGCUGUUGCGAGUGUUCUUGCACUUUUGCAGCGUCUCUGGAAUGCUGGUCCCUCUUCGCUCAAUGUGCCUGAUAACGAGCCCAACGUUUUCUUCGAGCGCAUUCAAUUUUUGGCUACGACUAUGAUCAUCUCUCUGGGGAGCAUCCCAUUUACUGAGAGACUGCUUUUGAAAGCGUCUGAUGGAUCAUUCCAAAGCUCUAACACUCCCACACACCGCCAAUCCACAUCCGGGACAAACCUGAGUAGCCCGAUUCUUCAUCUUCUGCGAGCAAUCAGUGAGACUUGUCUAUCUUCCACGCCAACUUUAGAGUAUGUCCGUCUCGUUGAAGGAGUUAUUCAGGCAUCUUGCAAAGGUAGAAUCUCGCGUGGAUCCCGUCUCGAACUUUUACAACAGUGUGCCGACUUGCCGAAGCCAGAAUUGUCAUCUUCACCACUCUUGGCAGUCGUCUGGAAGGCCAGCGCACGGGCCGCUGCUGAUGCUUUGCAGUCAUUCCCAAUGGAGUCCGCCCGAGAGCGCGAUGGAUCUGUUUCUCGUGACUACGACAAUGUUACCAAGAUUCUCGCUUCUGGACUUAAGCUACAAGAUGUAUUCCAAGAAUGGACCCAUCUCUUGAGUUCUUUCGUACGAGUGGCAAGAACGGAAAAGGGAGAACAUAAUCUUCCUGCUCUCAUAAUCGAGCCCUUGGCCGAAAUACUCAUCAAUCUCCCAGUCCAGGAUACCACUUUGCCUUCAGCAUCUUUGCUAAGCCAGUCUUUGUCAAUUCCUUUCUUGCAAGGCAAUGAUGAAGGAAAUAUGUACACCGUCGCUCAACAGAUGCAGCCUAUUCCAUUUCCGACCAAACUGGUAGAGUCUAUUGGCAGGACUCUUCGAUUCGCCUAUGACGGAUUCAACGCUUCUCAGACUCAAGGUCUUGCCCGCUUCAUCGAGUCGCUCACUUCUUUCCUGGUCUCUGGUGCUCUCCGCUUUCGAUCACGACUCCUUGAAACCCUUCAACCGGCUCUAAUUUCAUUGGUCCAAGAUAAGGAGUUCAAGUUUUCUGUCGAUAAUGGCGCGGAUAGCCGGAUUUUAACAUCGUGCCGGGCUUUAACAUUUGCUAUUAUCAAUGUCUUGCAAUCCUCCGUUCGUGAUGAUGUGCCUUCUAUGAAACCGUAUAAUGGUGUUAUCUGUGCUGGUUUGGAGUCUUCACAUGCGUCUAGGGUCAAAAGAUUUGCAGAUUUCUGGUCAUCGACAGCCUCUCACGCUGAUGAGGCCUCCGCUGAGACCUCCAUCGGGGAGUCAUUCAAGGCCGCUCUACAUACUCUUAAUUUGAUCGAACUGUCUGGAAAAUCCACAGAGAAUACCUUGCCGAUCUUAGCCGCACAAAGGCCAAUUGACGGAUCAAUUUCCCGUGUUAUGACUGCAUCCGCAUCAACUACAUCUCAGAAAUAUGCCCAGUUUAACUCGUCUCCUGUCAUCGGGCCCAGCGAGCUACUAGCCCCAGGGACUUCAGAGUCAGUAGACGAGCCGCAGCUACCUGCAAACAUUCAGUCUGAGAAUAGUGGAAAUUAUUCGAUUUCCUCUUUUCCAGGCAAUCGGCGGGAUAUCUUCCAAAUGAUUGAUUCUAUUCGAUCCUCAUCGCCUGCAAAUACCCCUGGGGGACUGGGCUUCGAUACGCCCGUACAUCUGCGUAGACUGCGCGCCUCACAUUCGGCAUCUGAAGUACCCUUGACUCCAACCCUUGCACUAGCUGAGAAUGAGGAGGCUUUUAUUGGGUCGUCUCCCACCCCAGCCACUCGGGACCCGACCCCUGCGGUGAACAUCGAUGCGCCUGUUUUGCAACCCCAUGAUCUUGUUAUGGAUGAUGUAGCAGAUAUUCCAUCAUCCCCACCCGAGAUUACUUCUCGCAGCCCGAGUCCCUCGAAAAUCUCGAGGCUUUCAAAGAAUGCACGACGCAGAUCAGCAAGACGAGAGAGGGCCCGUCGAAGUCGAAGCGCCAGCACGCAGCGAGCACUCAACGGCUCUCAUGUGGCCCUGUUGGAUGAUACCGCAGAAGCGUCCAGCGUUCCUGUGACCGAGGAUCCGAAAGAAAAUGAUGCAGCUCCUCAGGUGGAUCAAAAACCACUAAACAAGCGUACUCGAUCUGCUUUGAGCCAGAGCACUGAAAAUGACCAAAAUUCGGAGCCGGCCGCAACCCCUAGCGGAACACCGGUUAGGCCAAUUGAGGGCCCUUCUGCUCGUAGCUCCAGAUCCAAAUCAGCGUCUCGGAAGAAGAAGAAAUCUUCAACAAAGCCGGAAGUUGACAAUGGCCAGCAACAGGUGGAGCAAUCCGCUGAUGAGGGAGAUGAUGCCUUGCCAACCCCGGUAGUCCCGGACUACCUGGAUUCGGGCGAUGACUUGGAUAUGCAAAUUGCAUCCCAGCUUUCACAAGAUUUGGUUCUCGCUGCGGAUCAAUGUAGCCAGCCGCAAGAGACGCAAGAGGAGCCUCAAGAGGAGCCCAGUAUUGAAGCACCCACUCCUUCACAGAGCACGAGAGCGAAGAAGAGAAAGCGAAGUGUAGAUGACGAGCCUUCAACCGCCGCUUCAGAGAAACGUCGCUCGACUAGACUUUCUACUGCCAAGGAACUGAUACCCGUCGAUCUCGAAGAAGAUGCUGCUUCACUGUCUCAAGAGCCAGAUAUCUCUCAAUCCUCUCACGAGUCUCUCGCCGUUCCAGUACCUGAAGUUUCAACAUCUACACCCACGCCUCGUCGAUCGACGCGUAAUUCCCAGCGCAAAGAUGACUCUGGUGCUCCUGAUCCACCAACUUCCCCCAAACCCAUUGAUCCCGCCCUAAUGGAAGUCGAAUCUCAAGAGUCGACUCAGCCAUCACCUGUCAAGCCGGCCCGCAAAUCUUUGCGCAGCGAGAAGAAAUCCACUCCUGUAAAAGAGAGCAUAGUGCCCUCCCAAUCCACCCGUAGUACCCGAUCUACGCGUUCAUCCCAAAGACAAGGAGACAGCCAGACACUGGUGCAAUCUGAGUCAACAACCUCAGAACCAUUUAUUCAACAACUCGAACGCCCCCACGUUGAAAUCGUUUCCGAUCUCAUCCUUCCUGAAAUCCAUGAAACUGCCGAUGUUCCUCCAGUCUCCACAGAGGAAUUAACUGAUUCCCAGGAGACAGAUUCAGCACCUCCAGUCUUGGAUGAGCAAAUGGAUGUGGAUACCGAAACGAUUUCGAAUGAUGAUGCAGCUGAACCCGUCACAACUAUCACCACAGCAGCAAUUCAAACCGACUCCAUCCCCCCUCCUGAGCCUGAUACCAGCGAGGCAGGAAUCACCGAAUCUCUCAAGAAUCUGUUGAAUACUAUGAAACAUGCCACCUUGGGUCAAGAUGCUCUUCGUGAGAUUGACGACCUCCUUUUCAACAUUCGUGUCGAGGCGCAUGAUGCAUCAAAGCGACACAACCCCAACCAUACCGCAUAG